AGCCUUCAAGCUCGGAGGUCAUUUUCCAAAUCCAGACCCACAGCACAGCAGAAGCCAUGGGUCGCGCUGCUGCCGCCAAGCCCCGGAAGGAGUCGAGCAAGGCCAAGGCCUCGGCCGUCGCCGCCUCCACGAGCACGCGCAAGCCGCGCAAGAAGAAGGACCCGAACGCCCCGAAGCGCGCGCUCACGGCCUUCAUGUUCUUCUCGUCGUACAUCCGCGAGAUCGUCAAGGAAGAGAUGCCGGAGCUCACGUUCCUCCAGAUCUCGUCCGAGAUUGGCCGCCGCUGGGCAUCGCUGAGCGACAACGACAAGAAGAAGUUCACGGCCAAGGCCGAGGACGACAAGGCACGCUACCUCCGCGAGAAGGAAGACUACCUCCCCGACCCGGCGUACGAGAACCAGGGCGGCAAGGUCAAGGGCACGCGCAAGAAGAAGGACCCGAACGCACCCAAGCGCGCCCUCUCGGCCUACUUUUACUUUUGCGACGAGCAUCGCCCCGCGACGCGCGAGCAGCACCCGGGCAAGAAGAUCACGGAGAUUGCGAGUUUGCUGGCCGAGAUGUGGCGCGCGCUCCCUGAGAAGAAGCGCACCAAGUACAACAAGAUGGCCGCUGAGGCCAAGGAGAAGUACGGCGAGAAGAUGGCGGCCUACAAGCUCUCGCUCACGGCCCACGACGACGAGGAUGAGGAAGAAGAGGUCGAGGAAGUCGAAGAAGUCGAGGAAGAAGAAGAAGAGGAGGAAGACGAAGACGACGACGAGUAAUCGUUGCGUGCCCCUAUCCGUUCCGCUCACAAGUACCUUCGUGUUGCUGCAUAUCUACCGCGCGCGCCGUCAUGCGUGCAAGGUUUUGGAGGUGGAUAUUAUUUAGUUAAACUCUCAACAAUAUAGUGACUUCCCUUACUACGCCCAA